GGAAAAUCCAUAUUUCGUUCUCUGAUGCGCCCGUCACAUUCCAUAGAGAAUCAUCUCGUGCUCGUCUCUCUUUCCGACAAAAAGAGAAAAAACAGAGACCGAACCCAAGGUUGUUCUUUCUCCUCUCCUUGCCAGCAGCAACCUAAAUUCCCAGACAAGAUCCUUUUCCGCUUGAUUCCAUUUGAUUUGCCUUUAAUUUGGAUCCCGUUGCAGGAGGCUCAAUGGUUUGGAUUUCCUUAUUUGGGCUUUCCUUGAAUUCGGAAAUGUCGUAAAAUUUUGAUAUUUGAUCGAACAAGCCCUUAUGAACCUGGUGUUCCAUUUUUUUUUUCUCUGAGGCGUGAUCUUUUAGAGGUUCUGUAAUGUCUUGCGGACAAGAAAACGUCGAUCCCUUCGAAGUUUCUGUUUCAACCAUAGGUUCAGAUGCUUGCUUGUACGAUCUUUUGUGUUCAGAAACACCCAGAUGGGGUCCUCAGACGGAUCUGCACGCAGUUUCUUGCGAUCCGAGGGAGAAGUUGGAGAACAUGAUGAGGCAAUGUGGAAACAAAUACUGUGCGGACUGUGGAUCUACCGAUCCUAAAUGGGUAUCGUUUAGUAUAGGCGUGUUUAUCUGCAUAAAGUGUUCGGGUGUACACAGAAGUCUUGGAGUUCAUAUAUCAAAGGUUCUAUCGGUGAAACUGGACGAAUGGACGGAUGAACAGGUGGAUAUGCUGAUGGGUUUCGGGGGAAAUGAAGCCGUAAACAAAAAGUUUGAAGCUUGCAUCCCCAACAAUAUCAAGAAACCGAAACCAGAUUCGCCUAUUGAGGAGCGUUCUGAUUUCAUUAGACGAAAAUACGAGCAGCAACAAUUUAUGGACCCUAAUGACGGUGCUUCAUGCCCUUAUCAUCCCGGGAGAAGAACCUCGUCAUCCUCAUUGAAUUCUUCGUCAAGCCACCGUUCUACCAAAAACCGAAUUGGUCAUUCAUUCCGGAAUAGCUGGGGAAGAAGAGAUUCUGAUCACAAGGGCCCGAAAAAGAGCCAAUCCAUGGCGGGUAUGAUCGAAUUUGUCGGGUUGAUAAAGGUUAAUGUGGUAAAAGGCACCAAUCUUGCUGUUCGAGACGUGAUGACCAGCGAUCCUUAUGUCAAACUCGCUCUCGGGCAACAGUUCGUGAAGACUCGGGUCAUAAAGAACAACUUGAAUCCGGUGUGGAACGAGACGCUGAUGCUUUCAAUCCCCGACCACAUGCCUCCCCUCAGAGUGCUCGUGUACGAUAAGGACACUUUCUCGACAGACGACUUCAUGGGAGAAGCCGAGAUAGAUAUCCAACCGUUGGUAAGCGCGGCAAAAGCAUACGAGACGUCGAACAUAAGGGAAUCGAUGCAGCUGGGGAGCUGGGUGGCGAGCAAGGAGAAUACGCUGGUGAGUGACAGUAUAAUCUCUCUGGUAGAAGGGAAGGUAAAACAGGACAUAACUCUUAGGCUUCAGAAAGUGGAGAGAGGUGUUCUUGAGAUAGAGCUCGAGUGUGUUCCUCUCACUCAAUGAUAUAUAUCUGAUUUCGAGAGGAAAGACGCUGUCUUCUGCUCUGUCCUUUGUGGUUUCAAGAGUUUUACCAAAGCGAUUCUUUUGGAGGAAUGCAAUAUUAUGAUUCUAUAGUUUUUUUUAA